AUGAAUGUCAGAAAUUUAAAAUUUGUUACUAGCAAUCAAAACAAACUUAAAGAACUUAAAGCUUUAUUGGGAAGCAGUUUCAAUGUAGAACAUAUCGGACUUGACCUGCCAGAAUUUCAAGGAGAACCAGACGAAAUUGUUGCCAAAAAAUGUGAACAUGCAGUUAAACAAAUUGAAGGGCCAGUACUUGUAGAGGAUACUUGUUUGUGUUUUAAUGCAUUUGGAGGGUUACCCGGACCUUAUAUUAAAUGGUUUCUGGAAAAAUUGAAGCCUGAAGGGUUGAUAAAGCUGUUAGGCAGGACAGAAGGGAUAAUUGUUGAACCUAGAGGAAGUCGUCAAUUUGGUUGGGAUCCUUGUUUUAUGCCAAAUGGCUUUGAAAAAACAUUUGCAGAAAUGACAUCAGAAGAAAAAAACAAAAUAUCUCAUAGAGGAAAAGCUUUGGAGAAAUUAAAAGAAUUUUUGGAAAAUGGGAAAAUUUGA